CGUGGCCACGCCCCCACUUCCGUCGCUCCGGCCCCGUCAGGAUUCGUGGGUGUCCCCCAGGCUGCAGGUUGGAUGAAGCUAGCGCGCCUCAUGAAGGUGUUCGUCACCCGCAGAAUCCCCCCCGAGGGCAGGGCCGCGCUCGCCCAGGCCGCAGACUGUGAGGUGGAGCAGUGGGAUUCAGAUGAGCCCAUCCCCAGCAAGGAGCUGGAGCGCGGGGUGGCAGGAGCCCAUGGCCUGCUCUGCCUUCUCUCUGACCGUGUGGACAAAAAGCUUCUGGAUGCUGCAGGAGCUGACCUCAAAGUCAUCAGCACCCUGUCUGUGGGCGUCGACCACCUGGCUUUGGAUGAAAUCAAGAAGCGUGGGAUCCGGGUGGGCUACACCCCAGAUGUCCUGACCGACGCCACUGCAGAACUUGCUGUCUCCCUGCUACUCACCACCUGCCGCCGGUUGCCAGAGGCCAUAGAGGAAGUGAAGAACGGUGGCUGGACCUCAUGGAAGCCCAUGUGGAUGUGUGGCUAUGGACUCACGCAGAGCACUGUUGGCAUUGUGGGGCUGGGGCGCAUAGGCCAGGCCAUUGCUCGGCGAUUGAAACCAUUUGGUGUCCAGAGGUUUCUGUACAUGGGACGUCAUCCCAAGACUGAGGAAGCAGCGGAAUUCCAGGCAGAGUUUGUGUCUGCCCCCCAGCUGGCUGCUGAGUCUGACUUUAUUGUGGUGGCCUGCUCCCUGACACCUGCCACCAAGGGGCUCUGCAACAAGGACUUCUUCCAGAAGAUGAAGAAGACAGCUGUGUUUGUCAACAUCAGCAGGGGAGAUGUCGUAAACCAGGAUGACCUGUACCAGGCCUUAGCCAGUGGCCAGAUUGCAGCUGCUGGACUGGAUGUGACUACCCCAGAACCACUGCCCACAAACCACCCCCUGCUGACUCUCAAGAACUGUGUGAUCCUGCCCCACAUUGGCAGUGCCACCUACAAAACUCGCAACACCAUGUCCUUGUUGGCAGCUAACAACUUGCUGGCUGGCCUGAGAGGGGAACCAAUGCCCAGUGAAUUCAAGCUGUAGCCAAACAGGGGACUAAGGCUUAAGAGACCUAGAGCCCUGGGGUUCUGCUAGAGACUCCAGGCUGGAUUUAGAAACCAAGGGGAAGCCUGAUCAGUAGUCUGCAGAAGACCAGUGCUGGGAGAAUGCUUGCCCAGUUUAUGUCUGUACACAUCUCAACCCAAAGGCUGUAACUACUAUUAAAUAAUUUUCUGA